UGUCAUCUACUUGUCAAACAAAUAAUUCCCAACCGAGUCAAUUUUGUUGUUGGAGUAAAAGAAUUUAGUAACAACAUUGUCAUUGAUUUAAAAAUAGUCAUAUGUGAAGAAAAAGCAACCAAGGAGAUUAUACUUGUUUACUCAGUUUUGUUUUAUUACAUUAUGUUCAAAAUAUAACGACAAUGUUGUUCAUAAUCUUUCAAAUGUGUUCUGUUUAUUUGUGUGGAAUUGGUGCUGAAGAAUUCAAUUUAUUUGGAGACGCUGGCUUGGCAUACGCCAUUGAAGUCAGCAUAGGACAUCCUCACCAAAAGCUUCAUGUCCUUGUGGAUACUGGAAGUACAACUUUAGCCAUAGCCUCAUACCCUCGCCAAGAUAGUAACAAAUAUUUCCAUGCAGAUAAUUCAAGCAGCAUAAAUGAUAGUGGCAAAGAGGUUCAUGCAACAUAUUCCCAAGGAAUGUGGGUUGGUCGGCUGGUGUCAGAUUUCAUUAACUUUCCAUCAUUAACUACCAUACCAGAAGUGAGAUCCGAUAUAGCAUUGAUAACCAAAAGCCACAAGUUUUUUAUGAACGGCUCUGGAUGGCAGGGUCUGUUGGGACUCGCUUACUUGCCAGUCGGGGCGACUGGCGAGAACGUCAUUGUGGAAUCAUGGUUGGAGUCUCUUGACCGCACGUUGAACAGACCAAUGUCGUUUGAACUGAAACUUUGCGCCGCACAGAGUGCGACCAACGCAACGCACUAUGGAAGUUUCCAGAUAUUAGAUGACUUCAACACAAUAAAUGAAAAUCACAACAAGACAUUCCGAACGCCGAUUUUACGCAAACGUUGGUAUGAAGUCGGCGUAAUAUCUAUUAGAGUUAUGUCGAAUGUAAAUAAUAGUGACGUGACCAGCGACAAAUAUAAUAUCGACACCGACAUGUGUCAAACGUUAAAUAAAGAGAAGAGCAUAGUCGAUAGCGGCACGACAAAUAUUAGAUUGCCUAAUAUUUAUUUUCGAAAAAUAGUCGAUGAAUUGCGUAGUGCGGCACAAAAUUCUAGCACAUUAAUAUUGGACGAGUUUUGGUAUCACGGAGAGGUGGCUUGCUGGCCCGAGCCCCAAGAAUGGUCGUUGCCCUGGUUGGCGAUAGAUCUUUUGAACUAUGAUCAAGAUAAUCAGUAUUUUACAUUGGAACUACCACCGCAGAAUUACAUGCGAGUAGUGGCCGCGCGUAACAGCAGCGCUGAAAGCGGCGCGGUGUCCGAGUUCUGCUACAAGUUGGGAUUAGAAGCAGGUUCCACGGAGACUGUGCUGGGAUAUACUGCCAUGGAAGGAUUCCAGGUGCUGUUCAAUCGUUCAGCGUCCUGGAUCGGUUGGCAGUCUUCAAAUUGCGGUCCAAACGCGCGGGUAACAGGCCCAUACAACAUAUCCACGUCUCUCAGGUCUCUGUGCCAGCUAGUCAACCCUGAGCCAGACGUGGCGGUGUCGAUAAAAGCCGCACAAUGGGUGCUAUGCGUAAUAUCGAUAAUAGCAGCCGGUUUUCUAAUAUAUUUAUUGACACCCUGCGUGAAAAUGUUUUUGACUAGACGUUUGAGAAAUUCGCCGCAAAUUUCUCUGUCCCAAGCGGCGUUGGUGGAGCAAGAGUCGGCUUAGAGUGGUUAUAUCGAUUGCAGAAAACGUUAUUUUGGGUUAAGUUAAACAUUUGUUGUGAGCAUUUUGAGAAGUUGUGUUUUAUUUUUGCUUAAAAAUUUCGUUGUGGUCCUAGUCAUUAAAUGAUUCACAUUGGCAGCUUUGGUAGCAAUGCUAAAUUAUUCGGGUAAUACGGCAAAGUAUCGAUAUACGAUUGUUCUUGAGUAUUGGAGCUUUUGUAAUCAAUUUUAAUUUGUUUAAAACUUUGGCAUUGAGGGUCUUAGAAAAUAAAAUCGCAUUUAACAAAUUAAUGAAACAUGUCUAAAACACUUUGUAAGUAAAUUAAGGAGAAUAUCUUAUGAUAAUAUAGUUUUAUUAAAGUUUUAAUACAAAUUGUUAACGUAUCUCCUAAAACCCGGUUGGCUGGUUAAAUUUCCUUUUUAUAUAUUUUAACCUUAAUGUUGCAAUAUAACUUUGUAUAAUGAUAAUUAAUAAUUGCUGUUAGCUCGGAAUAUUUGAAAACGAUGUGUUUGUAAAUGUAUGACGUUUUAUGCAGUCGAAUUAAUCAUUUUAAGGAUCAAAGUCUAAAAAACGUAGUGGCAACAUAGAGGCGGAUUACGGAAACAAUCAAAACUCAACCAUGUGUCCGGGACAUAUAACUAAUAUUAAAUGUAAACUCCGUAUCAUUUACCGUUUUCAAUAAACUAUCUUAAUCGCUUUACUUAAUCGAUCGCGAAAAUGGAUCGAUCAGAAGAGGUUUUUUUACAUGUUGUCCAAUGACAUAUUUUGAUUGAUUUAUCCUCGGGAUCUGGUCGAUGAUUAAAAGAGAUAUCAUUUAUUGAAAACAGUACGUAUAUUUUGCAAAAUAAGGUUUAGUUUGGGUUGUUUUUAUAAUCGGUCUUCAGUGUCACUCCGUUUAUUGACGUGCAUCGAUAGAUUGUGUGGUUUUAUCAUUGGUGUUAAAUUUUAUUGUAAAAUCUUUCAGACUAUUGAUUUUAACAUAUGUAAUUUAGAUAUCGAUUUGUGAAAUAAAUUUGCAUAGAUAAUGUUUUUAAACGACUUUUGAUAAAUACUUAAAUUACAUAAUAUAAUCAGAGCUUACUACUGUAUAGUACACCACUAGAAUACGGAAUAAAGCAUUUUAUCGAUCACUUUAAUAUUAUUGUAUGCACUGGAAAAUAUUUAUCGAUAUUUAUGCUCCAUAAUAAACAGUAUUAAAAUUGUUAAAAUCACUAUUCUGACAAGACAAUCGGAAUCUUGCCAACAUAAUUGUACAUUAUUUAUCGACAUGAAAACCAAAUUUCGAAUUUUGUUGUGUGAUAGUAUUAAAAGUUAGGGCAUUCGAAAAUUCUAGAUUUAAAAUAGUUAGUUACUCUGAAAGAGUAGUUUUAUUUUUAAUAAGUCUGAACUGUAGUUAGUAUGUAAGACGGAUAUUUUAAUGGUGCAUGAUUUAGCACGUUUCCAUAAUACACGUUCACAGAACAUUCAUAUUUUAGAUUUUAAGCAAUAAGAACUCAUUGCAUGGGGUUAUUAAGAAUUAAUAUUAAUUCUCCAAUUCUUUGACAAACGUUUAAUUGAUUAUCUAAAUUUUAUUAAAUUAUUAAGAUUUUUCUUAAAUCAUAUAUUUAUCAUGUAUUAAUAACGCAUAUCACAUAUCAAGAGUUAUUAUAAUAUUUUUAAGUAUGAAAACCGAAUGAAAAAGUAAGUCAUUAGUUCAAGGAAACAUUUUGGAGAAUAGAACAUAUUAACUCUAUAUGACCCCUAUCUUUUUAUAUUUGUAUCUCAGUGGCAGAUGUGGAUGUAAUCGGGAAUUUAUUGUGAAUUCGCACAAUUAAAUGCACUUAAUUUCUCCAUUAUUUACAUAAGUUUAAGUACAUUCAUAUGAAAUAGAUGUAAGGCUUAUACAUGUUUCCGUAGCAGUAUUUUGACGAAUUUAGUUUUUGACAUCUUUUUAUGUUUUCAAAGUCGGAUGUAUUUAUUUAAAAAUAAUUUGUAUGCUCAUUUCUCUUGUGUGCGUUUUUCUUAUAAUUUUCAAUUCUAACCUAAAAUACAGUUCAUUGGUAAGAUUAAAUAAGAGUCAUUAAUCAUUAUAAAUUUUUCGAAAUUAUACUAUGUAAAAAUUUGGAUAGCGGAUUUUUUCAUAAAUAUUAUAUAUUUGCACUAAAAUUCUUAUGAAGCAAUCUAAUAUCAUAAUGAUAAUUAUUCUCUUUCGUAUAUAUCCAUUCGAUAUAAGUAUUUAGUCAAUUAUUUAUAGCGUACUUAAUUUUGUGAUUUAUAGUCAUUUUAUUUUUAGAAUACGAUAUUAUCACAUGCAAUUUAUUUCGCUUGGUGAAUACUUGUGAAGGAAAUUUAUAAAACAAGUUGCACACUUUUUUCAAUGUUACUUAUCCACUGUUUCUCAAUUUCGAUUAGAAAUUUCCAGAACAGCCUGGUUGUGUUUCUAGGAAUCUCAAAUGUAAUAAUAUAGAAGUUGGUUAAAUAUUGUAAUAAAAUUGUAUGAUUGUCCGAUCGUCAGUACUAAAAUAUUUUUAAGCCCUUUACACGUGGAGCAAUAAAUUCAAUAUCGCCAUUGAUUUAAUUCGUUAUUUAAUGAGGUGUUGUAUCAAAUGCGAUGGACGUCAAAUAUUAUUCUUAAACAUUGGGUUAUUUUGACGAGAUGGACGAAUUAUUACGUCUUUUUAGACUCUUUCUCUAGUUUCGCAAAUUACUCAUUUAUUUAAUUAAAAUCAUAUCAAGAAGGUGUGUUACUUAAAUAUCAUAAAAUAAUUUAAAUGUAAUGAUAAAAUAAGAAUAUAUAUUAUAGAUAUUGCUUUCCCCAAAAAUGAAAUAUAUGCUUUUUUUAUAUACACUUUGUUACUAGAAACACUCUUCUUACGUACAUAAAAUCUAUAACAAAUAAAUAAAUUUAUUUAUAAAAUGUGUACAAUGAUUUAGCCACUUAACACAACUUGCAAUUAUGUACACUUAACAUUUUGAAAGUUUUUAUCCUAUAUAUAUUUACCAUGAUUCCACCCAGCUAGGCAAAUUAAAUGAUUAAUGAUUGUAUCGUGGGCAAUCAUUAAUCUUAUAAUAAAAACUUAUUGGUCCUGAGCCGAAGAGAAGUGGUUUAUGCUACGAUGACAUCGCAUUAGUGUUUUGCCCGUCGAUCUGCAAUUUUGUAUGUGACGUAAGCUUUAGUUUAACGAAAUAACUCGUCCAUCGAUUGGAAGAGAGUCAGAUAGACGUAAUAUUGCGUCCACCGCAUUGAAAGGGUUAAUUAAAUUACCUGUUUCACAGCACUUUUGUCUUUAUGAGAUAAUUAAGAAGAUAAUGUGUGUGUAACUAGUUUUGUUUUAAGCAGUUUCGUAAUGAAUUAAAUCAAGUUUGUACUGGUCCGUAUAAUGCUACGAAGUGGUACAUUCAGCCACAAAAGUAGCUAAACGAAUUCAAGUUUCAAACCACCUACAUACUUUUGUUUCGGUAUUAACAACUGUUUUUCCUCAUUAAAUUAACUUCAGAGGGUUUAGAUAAAGAAAGAAUAAUAUUUCGAUUGAAGUUGAUAUACUUAUAGACGCUUGGAGUUAAUAUAUAGACCAUUUUGAAGUUUUAAAUUAGUUAAAAUUUUGUAGGUGACUGUACAUUAUCUGAAAUGUCGAACAAUAUCACUAACAUCCUCCUAUAGUUAUUUAUAAUUCAAUACAUUGUCAUUUCGUGUAUUGUCACUAGGUAAUUAUUUUUCGUUGUGAUAAUUUAUGCCCGUUUUCACAGACCGCGUGGUCAAGGUCAAGGUCUUAAAAAUAUGAACGUGUUUUCGAGGCGCAGAAAUAAGUUUUCCUUACAGUUACAUCCUAUUUAAGCUGUGCCGGUCUUAACAACCUUUUUCAAUGUUAAGAAUAAUAUAUCUAGUAAGAGCUUCUGGCAGGGCCCGUUCUAGCUAUUUAGCCGCUUUGGAUAAAAAUCUUAAAAUUGACACCAUAUAAUUCAUGAGCUUGUUACAAAGAAAAUACCUUAAUAAUACUUUUUGUCAGGAUACUAAACAUGGUUAUUUUAUAUAACAUUUUUCCCUACUAAGGUCAGGGGGCCCUAUUCCGUCUAUAGGUGCAAAUCCGUCUUUUAGAAAUUACGGGCGUUCUAUUCAAAGGACUGCUUCAAUAGCCGGACAGGUAAAAGAGUCAAAAUGCACCUAUUUACCCAUAUAGCCAUCAAAGCUGUCCUUCGAUUAGAACUCCCGUAAUUGCAAAAAGACGGAUAUAUCCCCGUUGACGGAAUAAGGCCCCUGCCUGGCGCUUUCAAUUUUGCCACUUGAGGCAUUAGCCUUGAUGGCCCCCCAUAGAUCAGGCCCUGGGUCCUGGCCCCCACUAGAAUCUGUGGCGACCUGCCUCCAAGAACCAGCCCCUCGGGCCACGCUCUGGAUCUUCCCUCCUUAAAGCCGAUACUGAAUAUGACUCAAAUGUGCAAUUUGUGAUGUGAAAGCGGGCAGUACUCGAUUUAUUUACUCGAUACAUGUAAUAUACUGACCAAUCUAGGCAAAAGGGUUUUAUGCUAAUAGGUAAUGAUCAAGCGAAAAUAUAUUUACAAUAAACAUUACGUACGAAAA